CUCAAGACUACUACUUAUCUUAUACCGACUGCACCCCGCGUCCUCCGUGUCUGUUUCGUCCCGACGAAAGCCUAAGAAGCGCGCACUCUUUUUCUUUGCAUAGCAAGUUGUCUAUACCCAAGCCCACACUCAUUUCGACUAUACUUUGCCGUGCGCACGCGCACAAGGCCCGCCCUUACACCACGGCGAGAUGUCUACGGACCCAUAUCAUGCUGUGCAGCAGGAGAUACAGACGUCCAUGCAAGCUGCAUCUACCCUUCGCGCUUCGUACCUGCGUAUACGGAGUACCGCGAGGGAAGACAGUGAAGAGCUUGUCUGGGCGAGGAAUGAGCUGAAGGCCACUCUCGCGGCCCUGGAAGCUGACCUCGAAGACUUGGAAGAGAGCGUGAGAGUGGUAGAACAGACCGGCGCGCGGAUGUUCGGUCUGGAUGAGUCGGAACUCAUGGAGAGGCAGAGAUACGUCGCUCAUAUUCGACGCGAGAUUGAGACCAUGAGAGCAGAAGUCGAGUCGGAUGCUUCGGGAAAGCGCUCAAGACCGCAUUCUCAGAUUGGCCUGCCUGCGCCCUCAUCUCGCGUCAGUAGCCGCGCAACGUCGCCUGCCCCUGGCGACGACCAGGCGGAAUGGGCGAGGCAAGAGCAGGAGAUGAUUAUGCACCAACAAGACCAGACACUGGACUCCAUUGGCGGCACGCUGUCGACCCUGGCAGAACAAGCGGGCCUCAUGGGCCGUGAGAUCCUGGAACACAAUGAGAUGCUCGACGACCUGGAGCAGGGCGUCGACCGCUCAGGUUCUAAAUUGGACUCCGCCAUGACGCGAAUGAAGCGAUUCAUACGGCAGACGGAAGAGACGAAGUCCGGCUGGUGCAUCAUUAUUCUGAUCAUCGUACUUAUGAUUCUCCUCCUGUUGGUGAUCCUUUUGUAGUUCUGGUUGGCGCCCUCGUCUUUCAUUUGUGUCUCACGGACUGGAGUACAUUAUACUUGCUUAUGAUGGAGGGAUGUUGUAUUAUUCACUUAAUCGAGAACAAAGUGUGACCAAUGAAGCUCGAAGGAGAGUGGUCGCCUUCGAUGUUCCCUGUCAUGGACUCCCUCUCCAUACUCGAAAUCAGCGCCACUGAGGCUUUCGCCUGGC